AUGGGCUGGUUUACCAAGGCGAAGCCGAUAGACGAUCAGUCGAGGCCGCCAUCGCGGUCAUCGAGAAAGCAGUGUUGGGAGUCAAGAGACAUCUUCUUUCAGUGCCUGGACAAGAUUUCUGUGGUGAACGCUCUUGAUCCCAAGAACCAAGAUGCCAUUCAGAAGAACUGCAAGGCCCAGGAGAACAAGUACGAGCAGGACUGCGCGACGAGCUGGAUCAAGUACUUCAAAGAGAAGCGUGUAGUCGACCACAAGCGCGAAAAGUUUAUGCAAGAGAUGGAGAGCAAGAACGCGCAGCAGAUUGAUCUUUCCGGGGUGGUGAGACGUUAG